CGAGGCUUUGCGCUUUGGCCUUGCUGGAGUGGACCUGCACAACUUCCUCCACUGGACUCUUCGCCUCCACACCUGUCGCACGCGACAGAUCGUUGCUGUCGGAUCGCACACGCCUCGAACAGCGCUUCCUACCGUCUUCUCGCUUCCCUCUCCCACAUCACGAAGCGCAGAGCGGGGAUUGAGCAAGCUUCCAACUCAUCGACAAAUGAGCCCACAGAAGCGUCAACAUGGUCAAGCUCAUCUGCCCGAUCUGCCAAACGACCAAGUUCGAGAUAGCAGGUGGUAAGUCGACGAUCAGACUUCCAUCGAGACCAACGGAUAUCUCCCUCGGCUCGUUACUAACCGGUCUACCAGGAGACCAAGACCGUAUUACCCAAUAUACCGUCACCCGACACCUCCAAUCCGCGCACAACGUCACCAUCACCGACGAGCAACUCCCCGCUCUACGCAAGCGUCAGAACAAAGUGUGGCGCCGGCUGUACAACAAAGUCGUCGCCAAGCGCCACACCACUUCCCGCCUCUACCAGCAAGACUGGGAGGCGUUCGCAGACGACGCGGCCGGCGUGGGGAUGCCGACGAAAAAGUCCACACAGAAGUUCCUUGGCCAGGAGCGCGAUGUCAUGGACGCUGAGGAUGACAGUGAGGACGAGAGUGAGGAGCGCGACUGGCGGAGGGAUCCGCGCGGGCUGGAGGCCAAGGCUGACAGCGAGCGGUUCGAGCAAGGGGGCGUGGAGAGGGGGUAUGCGCCGAGUGAGAGGUGGUUGCAGAGCCCGGUUGAUGUGGAGGCGUCGGCGAAGCUGCGCGUGGGGUCGUUGUUGAGGAUGGCUGGGUUUGCGCGUGAGAGUGAUGUGGCCAGCUAAUGUAACGAAUGGAUACAUACUAAAGUCUCUACUCGCGCUCAGACCAUGACUGAUGGCGCUAUGAACUUGCCACGCUUUUAGAAGGGUAUGCCUCGAGCUUACGCAAUGGUAGCAUACCCUCUUCGUCAUAUCGUCGUCAGAAUCAUCGCUC